AUGCCCAUCAUAUCGUCACCACCAACCGCGACCGUCACCAACAAGACCGUCUUCAAAAGACGUCUCAAACACGUCUAUGCCUUCUUCACCGGCAAAGCCUACGUCAAGGAGGCCGACAUGGCCGAAAGCGCGCUCGCCUGGUCUCUAUGCCGUGGUCUACACCGUACGUUCCUCCUCCUGAGCAGUAUUACACAAAACUCUAACGUAUAUCUCAUCCAGGAACUGCGAAACAUUACCUUUCUGAGUAUGGUGACAAGUUCCAAGUCCAUGUGCAGACGCCCUUCGACAAACUGA